UAGACGCGUCUUGUGGAAAGACUUUGAUCAGUUGGUGUUAUUCUCUCAGUCUGUGUUAACAGUUUUAUAAUAACAGAAACAGUGAAAUAAUUCGAUCACUUGUGUAGUAUUUAAAAAAUUGUAAACUUAAAAUAAGUUAUAUUUUGAUUUAAAUAAGGUGUAUUUUAUUUUAUAAAAGAUCUGUAUUAAUAGUUAACUAUUAAAACUAAAUAAAAGUUAAACAUCUCUAGUGCUGCACAAGUUGCAGACGUAUCGGCCUAGGCCUAUAUUGAGAAUUAAUGGUGGACCAAAGUAUAACCCAGCAAACGUCCAAAUUGGGGCAGCCCAGGCCACCCCUCUCACUGAAGACCAAUCGGCUUGUUGAUGAUUACAUAAUAACAGAAAAGGUUCUGGGGCUUGGAAUUAAUGGAAAAGUUGUAGAAUGUUUCAGUAAAAAAACAAGAGAAAGAUAUGCCUUAAAAGUAUUAAAAGAUAGUCCUAAAUCUAGAAGAGAGAUGGAACUUCACUGGAGGGCUAGUGAUUGCUGCCACAUUGUCAAUAUAAUAGCAGUCUAUGAAAAUGUCUUCAGUGGUCAAAAAUGUCUUCUUGUUGUGAUGGAAUGCAUGGAAGGGGGAGAGCUGUUUUCUCGCAUUCAACAAAGGGCAGAAGGAGCUUUCACCGAAAGAGAAGCAGCAGAAAUCAUGAAAGAAAUCUGUGAAGCUAUUAUGCACCUCCACAGAAUGAACAUAGCUCACAGAGAUCUAAAGCCAGAGAACCUUUUAUACUCUUCUACUGAUCCAAAUGCAGUACUAAAACUAACAGACUUUGGUUUUGCUAAAGAAACAACAAACAUUAACUCCCUUCAGACGCCUUGUUACACUCCAUACUAUGUUGCUCCUGAGGUCCUUGGGCCAGAGAAGUAUGACAAGUCCUGUGAUAUGUGGUCUCUAGGUGUCAUUAUGUACAUACUGCUUUGUGGCUUCCCACCGUUUUAUAGUAACCAUGGAUUGGCCAUAUCUCCUGGGAUGAAAAAGAGGAUUCGUGCAGGACAGUAUGACUUUCCCAACCCUGAAUGGAAGUGUGUUACUCAAGAUGCCAAAGACCUUAUUCGUGGUCUGUUGAGAACUGAUCCUACUGAAAGAUUGACUAUUGAGGAAGUCUGUAGAAAUAAGUGGAUUGCUGUGAGUGGCACAUGUUUUAUGAAUUUUAAUCUCUUUAAAGUUAAAGUAUUGAUAAGAUUUGUUGGAAAUAUUUGUAGAAAAUGUAAUAAUUCCAUUACAUUAGACCAUAGAAUACUUUUUUGUUUUUAUUUUAUUGGUUUACAGGAUGAAAUGACACAAGCUUUGGCUACUAUGCGAGUCGACUAUGAUGCGAUCCAUCUGAAAAACUUGGAGAAGUCCAACAAUAAGUUACUGAACAAGCGUAAAGCUCAUAAAAAAUAAAUAGACCUCAGAAGAAUUUGGUCAACUAUCAGUUUCUUCCAGCUUAUGCAAGCCCUCACAACAUGUACACUUUGUUUAGUUUAAUCAUAGAUAACCUAGCCAAAAAUAUUUGGGUCAUUUAUGAAAAAAUUACAUAAAGAUGUGAGAAAUGAUAAGAUAUUCAAUAGAAAAUAAUAAUAAAUUUUUUUUUUCACUUUUACAAGUAUUUUUCCUGUUCAAGGAUUGUUGUCUUUGCCAUAGUUGUAGAUACCUUACAAUGUUAUAUAGUGUUUUAAUGCAUACAGAUUUUUAUUUUUCUUGACAUUAGUAAUUUCGAUGUCGGAAGAUCAACAUAGUAGUAGUAGCAGCAGUAGUAGUGUGGGAACUUUGGUUAUUAAAAAGUGCCUUAGUAGCCAACACUAGCAGGUUAGCCUUUUAGUUAAGUUGGUAGAGCACUCGCUUAUAGUACAAGCAGUCCCAGGUUCAUGUCCUGCUUACAGUAGAUACAAAAAAUUACAUAACAGGCAAGGGUUUUAAUAAGUUAGUUUAAAGGUUUACUCGCUGUCAAAUCCUAACAACGUACUUUUUAACAACCCAAAUUACAUAGUUCACGUCACUUGUGAAAAGUGUAUACUGUACACGAAUGUUUUCUAAUUUGUUUUUUCUUACAUAAGCAUUAGUUUAUAUAAGAAAGAACGUUUAAAAUACUGGCUGGAAUGAGAAAUAUAAAGUUUGAGGUAUAAGUGUGGCUUAUUGAGUUGUCAAAAAUGUUCCUGUUGAGUGAUGAUUACAGUAUUUGUUUCGAUCAGCCAAAGUAACAGAAUUGUUUUGAAUCAUGGAAGUGCUAAUGUUUUAUUGUUAUAUUCUUGCAUAUUAUAUUUAUUAUAUAUAUAUAUAUAUAUAUAAUUUUGUUUUAUUUUUCUACAAGAAUAGAAAGUAUACAAGAUAAUGACAAUUGAUAGUUGAGCAGCAACGUAAUAGUUUGCAUACCAGAUCUUGCUUAUUUAGCUCUAUGAUUGGAAAUAAAUGUGGUGUCACCUUAAGGUUCAGAGAUGUAAAUGUUGAGAGUUUAAAAUGUUUUUUUCCAUCCUGUUACAAUUUACUGAAAUGUCAAAGAUAACUCUAGAAUUGAUACUAGUUCUUUUUAGGCAUGUCUUGUUAAAAUUUGCUGACAUUCCAUGAUGAUGUAAACAAAAUUACAGAAGUAAAAAUCAAGAUACCAAGUUUAUUGGCUUUUUGCUAAAUGUGGGCUAACAUCAACCAUAUACAAAAGCACUGUGAGUUAAUAGUGUUAAUUUUUUUCUUUACAUAAAUGGUAAUGAUAACACUGAUCAGGUAUAUUUUUGUAAAUAUUCUGGUUUAAGGAAGAAGUUAAUAUCUUUAUAAAUGUUGCUACAUAAGGCUCUGUAUCAUUACAUGGGCUUUAGAUGUAGUAGAAGUGUAGUGUGGUUGAAAUAUUAUACACUUUUUUACUUUCACCCAGAAGAUCUUAUUAAUAAUGAGGAAUUAAGUAUGGUAUUUUCAUUACCCAGGCAACAAAUUAAGUAAGGUAUGACACUGUGAAGAAAUUACCAUUUUGUAUAAAUUUUAAAACAUUCAAGAAAUAUAAAAAGAUUGGCAGACAUUAAUUAUACCUAAUGUUUAUAAUUAACAUGUGAAUCACUGUUGACUAGUUGUGAAAAUUAUCUAUUUUCACAUCAGGCAGUAUUUUAAAACGUAAACCUGAUAAUUACAUAAUAAAUAAUAUCUUGCUUGUUCUACAGAGGCGACUAAGCAUUUUCAUUAAAACUGAAUGCUGUUCAAUUUAUAGAAAAUUAUUAUUGAGAAAAUAUAGUUUACUGAGUUUGUAAAAUCAAGAAUUAACAAAAUCAAUUCAGUUAAUAGUGAGUGUUUAAACAAAUUAUUAUUGAGCAGAUGGUUCUUUUUUUACUUUUUGUGCACAACUUCCUUUUAUACAGGUUCUGAAUUUUAACACAAAAUGAAGGUUUUAAUGUAAAAGAAGAUUCAAAUAUUUAAGACAUUUUGUUAAGUUAGCUUUUUUUUAUUUGGUUCUUUAUUUUCUGUGGAUCCCAGCCAAAUAUAAGUUUGUACCAAAUUCAGUGAUUAGUUAUUAAUAUUUAAUAGGGUUUGUGAUAGAAUAUGCUAGUUUUACAUAAAUAUAACGGCAUGUUAAUGACCCACUUUGCCAUGCUCCAGGACAUCAGAAAUUUUUUGUCCAUUUUUAUUCAUUAUUCUAUUUCUGUUUGUUGAGAAUUUUAUCCCGAAUGCCCUGAAUUUGCCAAGUAUUAUUCUCACAGUGCCCUGUAAAAACUACAUCAUGCUCCAGGAUGUACCAUACAAGAGUUUACGGGAUACCCCAAGAUGUAAUAGUUCUAUGGUGCAUGGCAUAAUGGGUCAAAUGUAAGUAUUCCCAGCAUGCCCCAGGACAUACCAUGUAAGAGUUUACAGAAUACCUCGGACAUGGCAUAAAUGGAUCAAAGGCAAGUUCUGAUGGAGUAUAGGGACAUUAUUCCCUAAUGUUCAGGUUGUUUGGGCUUCAAUUGCAUGUAUAUAACGUUUCUAUCUGCCUUUUAUUUCAGGAGUCGACUCCAGCAAUUGUUAUGUAUGAUCAGUCACUUAAAUCCAAAACUUGAAUAUGUAAAUACAUUAAUUAGUUUUGUCUUUAAAUAAAGGAAUCAAAGUAGUA